AAAGAGAGAAAAGUGAUGAUAGCAGGUCAACUGAUGAACUCCAGGCUUUUAAUUUGAAGAGAGCUUAUCGGCCGACAACUGUUAUUUUUAUUUAUUGUUUCAUCAACGGGAUAAGCUGACUAUAGCAGUUGCAUAUUUAAUUAUAAAUAACCAUAUGUCCACUUUCAAAAUCCAAUAAAAAAAAUUUUGGGCUAACCCAACCGAGAAGCUCCAAUGAAAACAAUGUCGUUAUGUUACCCUUAACUUUAAUACAUAUUUGGAUGAUGAGCCAGCAUAAAAUAUUAAAAUUAGUAUUCUUUUUUUCAUUGGUGUGCUUUUGUUAACAACUGUAUGUAGCACUGAUUUAGAACUAGUGUCGUCUAUUUCAGAUCAAAAUGUUCCUUUCAGUAACUCUUUUAAAGGGAGCUCCAACAAAUAAAAAAAAAUCGAUUUGCAUCGGAUGUUAUUAACAUUUGGAUGGUGCAAUAUUCGAUCUUUGCUGGGAAUUUAAAAUUAUUAUUCCUUCUUACCAAAAACACUGGAGCAGUUUAAAUAUUUAAUGCCACUUCGGUUUAUACAUACAACACAAGCGAAAACAAUUACUCCAAUCGUUUUAAAUCUUCAUCGUUGGUGAAAAAAAAAUGUAAUUCAAUUUCCAUAGAUAGAAAAUCCUCGUUAUUCACAUUAUUUUAAUGCCAGCCUAGUAACUACUUCAUUUAAUGGUCGAUUAUUUACCAAUUUUUUUCCUUUACGAUUUCAUCCUUGUCAGAUUUUUUUUAUUGAAACAUCAGCGUGACAGAUUUAUUUAAGAAAAAAAUUUGCUAUUGUGAAGCUUCAAAAAACAUUCAAAUAAUAAUUUUCCGUGUGGUUUUUAUAUUUAAUGACGCUUCAUCAUUUACAUGACAAGAGAAAGCAGUUAUUCCAAUCGUUUUGAAUUUUCCAAACGUCAGAAUUAAAUUUUCCCAGAAUGUUUUACCAGAACUGGUUCAUCCUAAAUUGGAUUAUGAUUAACUAUUUCCUGCUUAUUUUGCUGCUUGUCAAGUGUGGGACCACCAAAGGGGGGCAAAACAACAAUAGCGCCAGCUAUGUCGUGCACAAUGCCAACAAUCUCGCUUUACCUGCUGACUACAAUAGACACCUCAGACCCAGUCACAAAGGUCCGGCCGACGAGGUGCAAGUUGGAAUCCAAGUGUACAGCAUCGGACCCAUCUCAGAGGCUGAUAUGAUCCAGAUGGCGUCGUUUGACGAAGAAAAUGACAAUUCCAGCUUCAGUGGCGGCAACAGCAGCAAGAGUGUAGUCACUUUAGGACAGGAGUACGCGGAGGCCAUCUGGACCCCGGAUCUCUACUUCCCAGACGCCAUCGAGAUACUCAGACCUGGAAAAGGUUUGAUUUCGGACAGCAUGGUGCUGGCACUGUACGACGACUGUGAACUGUUCCAGUCUAUGCGGCUGCAGGUGAAGAGCAGGUGCAAACUGGCACUCACUAUGUUCCCAAUGGACAUUCAGAGCUGCGAGAUAUGCGUGGAGAGCUACCAGUACCACACGGGAGAUGUGCUUGUGAAAUGGUGGGAGAAGAAAGUGCACUUGGACGGGGAGAGGCUGGAGAAGUACGGGACUGCCAACUUCUACAUCGACUACGAUCACUUCUGGAACAGAACCGCACACGUCGAAUCAUUCAACUACAACUACGUGACGCUGUGUCUGGGCGUGCGUCUCAUCCGUAAACUGAGCAUUUACGUCAUCACUAUGUACCUGCCCUCCAUCUCUCUAGUGGCUCUGUCCUGGGUGGGCUUCUGGAUCGACAAGAGGGCCAUACCUGCCAGAGCAUCCCUGUCCAUCACCACUAUUCUGGCUGAAAUCACUCUCAUCACCGGAACAGCCAAUCAGAUGUCGGCAAAUGGUAGCUGUCGCUACAAUUUGUGUGGCGUCAGCUCAGACAGCAGCAGGAGGUUUCCAGGCAUUGCAGACCUCAAAAUGGCAGACUUGUACUUGAUCGUCAACUUCUUCUUCGUGUUCGCCAGUUUGAUCGAGUUUGCUCUCGUUUCCUACGAGCCUCCGGUGAAAUCACAAAACGCACGCAAAACAAUCGAUUUUGCCAAGAGCAUCUUCAAAACACGCCAGUCGAACAACAUGCAAAACGAUAAUGCAAACUUGAAGAACGGCGACUUCAAAGUGACUCUGCCUUCGAAAAUUUCACAACAAGAAACAAGUUUCCUGGCUAAAAGUAUCACCUCUAAUGACUCAUCGUCAUCACUGGGCGUUAUUUCGAACAAAACUGUGAACCAAAGCGCAAUCUCGAAUUCCCCAAAGCAGAAACUAAAGACCCUUCGGCUACAAGACAACCCGAUUGAAUAUGUCGUAGAUAUGCAUGAUUUUUCCCAAACACGCAACCGGGGUGCAAAAAAGAUGAAGCGCGUUUCGUCUACCAUCAAUGCGCACGGCGGGUUUCACGAGGACAGAGUUUCGGGAGGUCGUAAAAAGUUGUGCGGCAUCAUCAAUUUGGAUUCAUUUUCGAAAGACAACGCUGACGAAGUUUCGAAGUGGUUAUUUCCUCUCGCUUUUACCAUUUGGAACUUGGUAUAUUUUGUACUUGGCAUGACAGUUGCUAAACGCUGGCAUUUUUAUUUUCUGAAUUGAGGAGAAAAGACGAGGCGAGAAUACCAUCAUCUUCCCUGUCGAUCAUCUUAAAUUUCAUGAGAAAAUGGAACUAAACUUUGAUCAAAUUUAAGCAUUAGAUAAGUUACAUAAUUUCAAUUUGAAAUGUUUUUUAAAGCAGUUGGGCAAAAAUGCUGUGCAGUGGUCAUUUUUUGUUGACUGUCUCAUAACUCGAAAGAUUUCAGACAAUUUUUUAUGAAAUCCUGUGAAA